AUGGAUGAGUUGAACAAAUCAUUUGACGAUCUGCUCAUUGAAAGUGGUGACGAAUUCGAUGAAGGAGAGGAUGUAUUGGAGUCAAGUGAGGAGUCGGACUGGAAUUCCAGUGAUGAGCAGUCGGAUUCGAGCGAUGAUGGAAGUCAAUGGUCUUUAACCAUUCGAAGGCGAGAUCAGUUCCGUUUUCAAGGGUUUGAAGGGGUACUGGAUAGAGACGUACUGAAAUAUCAGCAUCCCAUCCAGUUUUACCGGAGAUUUAUCACAGACGAAAUGAUCGAGCUGAUCAUAAGAGAAACGAAAAGAUACGGACUCUCUAAGUAUCCUGAUUGGACGGAUAUUGAUGAAGAAGAACUACUGAAGUUUCUGGCAAUCUGUUUUCAAAUGGGAUUGGAGAUCAGAUCGAAUUUGAAGGAUUACUGGUCCACGAGGAAGGUAUUUAGUGAAUCAUUCGCGGCAAAGCUUAUUUCUAGAAACCGAUUUGUCCAAAUACUGGACGCCUUCCAUUUCGCCGACAAUGACGCUUCUGACAAAUCUAACAGACUCUACAAGAUCCAACCAAUUCUGGACAUGCACAACGAAGAAUUUGCUGCUGUUUAUAGCCCGGGCAAGAAUGUAUGCAUUGAUGAGAGCAUGAUUCCAUUCCGAGGUCGAGUCAUAUUCCGGCAGUAUAUUCGAGGAAAACGCCACAAAUUCGGGAUCAUGGUUUAUAAAUUGUGUUGUGCUGGUGGUUAUACUUGCAAGUUCAUCGUCUACGCUGGACAACAACGCGAUACAACUUGCCCAUCUUCACAACAAGCGGUUCUGGAUUUGGUUGCGCCAUACUUGAACGAAGGCAGGACCGUCACAGCAGACAAUUUUUACACCUCUAUUGCGCUUGCUGAAUUACUGGCAGAGCAAAAGACUAAUUACGUCGGAACUCUAAGGGAAAACCGGCUCGGAAUACCUACAGAUAUCAAGAACGCGCGGCUCAAGAGGGGAGAGGUUGUGGCUAGACAAAAUAACAAAGGCGUAACUGUACUAAAAUGGAAGGACAAGAGGGAAAUGUACAUGUUAUCGACUUGCCACGAUGCUUCCAAAAGUCAAUCCAAUAAACCAGUUAUGGUAGAAGACUAUAAUUUGGCAAAGGGAUCCGUUGACCUAUCAGACCAAAUGUGUUCGUACACACCUUUUGUUAGGAAAACGACGAAGUGGUACUUACGCCCUUUCUUCCACCUGGUCACUCAAACAAGCCUUGCCAACGCCUGGCAUGUAUAUUGCGUAGUGAAGGAAAGAAUUUCGAACAAAGAGUUCAAGUGUCGCAUCACUGAGUCCAUUCUGGAAGGAUGGAGACCUACAGAACCCACAACGUCAAAACCCAAACUUUGCGAAGUUAGUGGACCAAAAAGGACAUCUAGGAGAUGCGUAAAUUGCUACAAGUACGCUUCCCGAAUUCGUGGUGCUCCGUAUGCUAGAAGUCACGCUGUGUUAGUGAACACAAAGUGCUCAAAAUGUGGUCAAUUUUUUGCCUUAGUUGUUUUCAGACAUCUCACAAGAAAUGCUCUGUUUGAUUUAUGUAAAUAUUUACUUAUAUUAUAG